UUCUCUGCGGAGCAUGAAAACAAGCAGUCACUGAAACGAAAACAAGUCCUCGAGAAUACGGAAGAAAAUUAUGUUGUUACUCUUGUUUCUUGUGCUAGGCUUAGCCUCAUCAACGUUAGCUAUCCCAGGCACGACAACAACAACAACAACUGCAGCCCCUGAUCUUGCCUGUCCCAUGUGGAGGAACUAUGUGGAUACCUUUAAUCGUGGGGGUGGGGGCCAAUCUGUGAGAGACCGGGGGGUGAUGUUUAUGUGUAAAUUCCACCCAGAGAAGUGUGAACAGUUGGACUGUGAGGGAAGGUUCAGCAAUGCAUUGACAGGAACCUUUCAGUAUUGUUUAAACAUGAUCAUGAACCACUGUGAUAAUCCUAUCAGUAUGGACGUCAGCAUCAGCGUGGAUAAAUUCAACUUUAACUUCGCUCAGCGAGUCACACACAAUUCUCGAUUCCCUCUGACAAUCAAUUUUCAGAAUACCAGCCUUUCUGGGAUUCCCCUUCAUGAGUACCUGGAGUUCACUCUGGUUAAGCUGAAUGCCACAGCUGUCAGAUUAGGAAUGAAGCUGGCGACUGAGUUGUGUAUCCCAAGCCUCGGUUGUACCUUUAACAAGAAUAUAAAUCUAAUACCAGACAGUGUGGUACCUGUCUCUACAUGUGCUAAAUCAACCGUAACACCUCUACCAAAGGCACCAAAGUGUGGCAAAGGAAUCACUGGUGGUGGUGGUAAAGUAGUAUUCACCACCACCAAAAUGCCACCACACACCACCUACAAGUCAGCUUCUUUUGGGAAGAACUGUUCCAUGAAUAGUGCUGAUAGAGAGAGUAAUAUAUGUGGAAAGAAUGAGAUGUGUAAACAGGGCAAAUGUGCCUGCUUCACGCCACGAUUCCCUCUGUGCCAGUACACCAAUCUAUGUCAGACGGAAGAGAGCUGUGCAAAACACAUCAUUCCUUCACUGGAGUUUGGGCCCAGUAGCCCUCACAAAAGCCCACAUUCCAGCUCAUCUGGAGGCCCAACAAACAAAACAGCUCUUAUUGUUGGGGGAACUCUAGGAGGAAUUAUAUUCAUCGUCAUAAUUGCGGGAAUAAUUAUGGUCAUAUUGAAGAAACGUGGGGCCAAUUAUAGAGGGCGCCAGCUGUUACUAACUGAGGAUGAUACAGAUGGCAUUAUAUAAAGAAAGAGAAAUGUGGAGGAACUUCAAAAAGAGGAUUGGAUUCUUAGUGGCCGAUUCCAUUUAGAUUUAGAUGUAAGCAUCAAAUGCUGAACUCUGUUUGCAAGAUUGUAUUUUGUCUUUAGAGAUUAUAUGCUCAUCCCUGCAUUGUUUUUAUUUUUUUUGUUUGGAAAACAUGCUCUUAAAUUUGCAAUAGAUAUGUAAAAAUCAUGUAAUUAUAUACUUUAUACAACAUUAUUUUCAUCCUGUAUACGCUUUUUUCCACAUUUGCAAGUAUAUUCACUUUAAUUUGCAUAGGCCUAAUUGUGUCGAGGUAAUAACACUGUUUUUAUUAAAAUUGACCCUUUUUAAUCGGCCCACUUAAAAGAGAGGCAAAAAGAAAGUGGAGACUUUACAUUUUUGUGUAAUAUAUUGUAAUUCGUUUUACAUUUAGACCAAAAAAGAAAUUAAGCUAUAGUUUUCCAGGUAGUUAGGCAUCUUGGAUAAGACUUUUGUAUUGAUAAUUUUCUUUGCUAUUUCAGUAUGUAUUGAAAAGUGAAAUAACUCAAUUUUCUAUUUCUGAAAGUAAAAAAGGAAUAAUGAUGUUAUGCCCCUUUUCAAACAUGCUAACAAACAUGCUAACAAAAAGAUUUUUUUUAAAAAUUUUCUUUGUUAAUAACUUAACUAUAUAGAAAUAUUUUUUGUUCAAAAUUGUUGGAAUAACAUAGUUUGAACUGAGUAUAUCAAAUUAUAAUGAAUAAUAUUACAUGUAGACACAGUCACACUGUUAGAGGGGAAAAAAACUAAGAAUCAUUUGAUCAUCAUCAUUUGUUGCCUGAUAAACAGAGAUAACUAUUUCAAAACAAAAAUAACAAGGGACCUACCUGCCACAUUGAAUAUUGAAAUUUUUAAUUGAUUUUGCUCUAGAUCUGAAAUUUACUUUUGAUAAUUUUAGUAUACCUUAGAAGCAAUUAGAUCUGUAAAAUAUUUUUUGUGAGAAAUUAGAGUUACUCAUUUUCAGAAAAGGUUUUUCCUUUGAAGUUUAUUUAUGUUUGUAUUUAGUAAUACAUGUAUAAUAAUUCUACAAAGAUCUGGUUUUUUUUCUUCGUUCCAAAUAUACUUUGUCUUUUUAGUUUUUGAGGUGUUGUGUAUUUCUUUAUUUUUCAUGCACUAUAUGUAAAUUCAUUGGUUGCUUUAUGGUUAUGAUUUUUGGAGUCAUUUUCAUCAGUGUCUGCGUAUCGUCAUAUUUUUCAUCAAUUUUCAUUGUUUGAAUUUGAUCAUCAUCUGUUUUCAUUUUAUGCUUUUGGAUUUGAUCUUUGGAGUCAUCAUCAUCAUUCUAUUCAUAUCAUCAUUUUCAUCAUCUUCUUUAUAUCAUGAUCAUUUUCAUCACCAUCAUCAAAUAUAAUCAUCAUCGUUUCCAUUAUCAUAGACAGCCAUAAUGAAAUAACGCAAUGUUGCUGCAAGAUGCUUUUCUCCUAGAGAAGUAUCACCUGCCUAUACAUAAUAACCUGUAAAAUAUAUUGUAAAUGAAACUUAACUAUACAAUAUAUUGUAAAUGCCAUUUACUGUACAUGCCAUUUACUGUAAACCAACUUUUAUUCACAUGCAAGAAAUAUCCUCUACUUUCGUGACCUACUUUAAAUUGCAAAUAAAAAUCGCCUUGGAACCAUUUAUAUUGUUUUAUAUUUGUGGAGAAAUUAUUUUCUGGCUACCAAAAAUUAAUUAUUGCAGAUAGAGAUUAAUUUUGAAACUGACAAAUCGAGAAUAAAAGAUGAUGCCAUUGAUAGUUGGUUUACAGUACCUUGUACAAUGUAUAUGAUAUUGUCAAUGAUCUGUGUUUACUUAUUUUAUCAUGGUUCACCAUUAUCUGACAUGUAACAUACCAAACAUCCCCUACUGUGAUAUUUUAUUCAAUAUGUUUAACAUGUUUAACAAAGAAGAUAUAAAGAAAUAACACAGUCAGCUCAAAUUCAUUGGAACUAAACAAUAACCAUCUUUAUUCUUUCUUUAGAUCAUUUUAUUUGGGUUUUUUUUCUUCAUCAUGGUAAAAAUUAUGGAUCAAUUCCAAAUUUAAGAUUUCCAAUGACUGUAUAUUCAGUAAUGAAAACAUAAUACGCUUAGAAUGCUAUUAUAUGCUUUCAUUAUAAGAAGCGUAAGUUUUACAAAGUGAAUAUGGAUUAUGUUAAUUUCUUUUUUGUCAAGUAAAAUGUCAUUUUGUAAGCUCACCACAUCAUUUGAUUUAUCUACUAAAUCAAUUUUUAUUUUCUAUUGAUUUUUUUUAUCGAUUGAGGUGCAAAAUUUUAUUAUUAUUUUCUAACAAGUAUACUUAAAUGAUUCUUGUGUUAUAUUUAAAAUUAUUUUGAGUUUUGAAUUUUGAAGAAAAUUUAGAACUGUAUAAUUAGGUUUACUACACCUUUUAUUGAAUUUUCUUUUUAACACUUUAUCUCCCUUAAAACCAUUAGCUUGUGUUAAAAAUGAAAUGUUUUCUGUGUCUUAAGCUUUGCAGAUUAUCUAUGAAAUAUGUUUAGUUUCAGUAGAAUUUGUAAGUUUUUAUACGUAUAUGAUAUAAUUUUGUAUAAUGUAUUUGGAAUUCUCAAUUUUUUUGCAUAUCAUUAAUGCCUGUCAUAUAAUUAUGUGUAUUAUGUGUAAUUUCUAUGUUUAAUAUUUUAUAUUCAUCCCCGCGAAUUGCAUUUAUUAGAAAAUCAUACUACAUUGUACUAGGCUUAUGUGCAGAUCUACUAUAUACAUGUAUUUACAUCGCAUUUUCAUUUCCGAGUUAAAAUUAACCAAAUGCUUUUAAAAUUUGUGCUUACUUUAAAGCCUCAUAUAAAAGGAUUUUUGGUAAUUUUUUGCAAUGAAUUCGUUAAUUCUAAAAAAUAUAUGUUGUUAAUUUUUAAAGCACAAACAAUAAGCUAAAAAUAGAAAAGAAUUAUCUUCAUUAAAAUAGCUAACAAAUUAAUGAUGGCCCAUAAGAAUUCUACUUUUCAGAAUACAUAUCAAGGUUUAUACUCAGUAUCACAAAUCUCUCCUUGAAAGUUUGCAUAAUACAUUUAAAGGGACAUGGUCACAGUUUCAACUGAUUUUUUAAAAACCAAUUUUAAUGUUUACAAUUCCUAAUUAGGGCUAUUCAAAUGAUCAGCAAAAAUUUGAUCAUCAUUUGUUGAUUUACAAAGGAGAUACAUUAUCAACUUAAAAUUCUUCAUAAUGUUAAGUUUUAACAAGACUUGUGCCUUCUUUUGUUUACAUAUAGUAAACAUAUUUAUAACAAAACAUGAUUCAGUAAAUCACUAGAAACUGUCUAAUGGUAUUUAGAAUGAACUUCUUUAUUGAAAAUAUCUGCAUAUUAGUAUAUUUUAACUAAUAGUAUGUAAACAAAAACAUGACAUGGGCCUUGUUUACAUAAAGUUUAAGAGCUCUAAAUAUGUCUUGUGUCUCGGCAACUGAGAUUUAUAUUUUUGGUAAUCAUUAAAAAUACCUUAGUGAAGUAUUUGUAAGCACAAAAAAAAAAUGGAAAAAAUAAAUCGAAAUAUUUUCAACCUAAACUAUUUCCAUGUCCUUUAAGAGGCACCUUUUUGGCCAUUGUUUGUCCAGUGGCUCCAAACCUUGAUAUGCUUGGUGUUUCAUUUUGUUAGAGUUGUGAAUUGCAAUGAGAUACAUUUAAACAUUCCUUUGAAUAAAAUUUGUUUUCAAUACUUU